UGAAUUCGAUACAGUUGUUUGAUUCACCGCAUACAACAUGAACAAAUUCGCAAGUUUAUGGUUAGUUUUCGCUAUCAUAGGAGCUGCUUACAGCGCUCCAGCAGCUGAAGCUGAUGGUGAUGACAGAAUUUUGAAUGGAAGAAAGGCCGCGACAAAUCAAUACCCAUUCAUUGUGUCUCUCCAAUACAAAAUGCCAUCUGAACCUGGCACCAUAUUACGUUCCAAAUUCUGUGGUGGAUCAAUCCUCAACAAACGCUGGAUUUUAACUGCUGCCCAUUGCAUUGUCAAUGGAAAUAAAGACGGGGGUGUUAUGCACGUUAAGGCUGGUGUCAAGAACGCUUUUGACCUAGGUGGACAAUACCCAAGAGUACAAAAAAUCAUUUGGCCCACUCAAUACAACAAAACAGGCCAAGAAGAACACGAUAUUGCUUUGUUGCAAUUAGCAGAAGAAUUGGUAAUGGGCCCAGCUGUUCAACCAAUCGCUAUGGCACCAAAAGGUUUCAAAGCAUCAGGUGUAGGUACAAUCCUUGGAUGGGGAGCAAUCAAUGAAGAUCACUCACAAUCUAGCAACGAAUUACUCUAUACCCCAAUUCCAGUAGCUCCAUCAAGUGACUGUGACAUUUUCCGUGCCCACCGUCCAGCUGAACACAUCUGUCUUGGUGGUAAAGGUGGCGGUAGUGCAUGCGGUGGUGAUUCAGGUGGUCCAUUCAUCUUAACCCAUAAUGGUAAACCAUUGCUUGUAGGAGCAACAUCAUUCGGUACAGUAAAAUGUACAAAUGACAAACCAGUUGUCUACACAAGUGUAGCUGCUUACCGUGAUUGGAUUGAUGAAACAAUGGCCAAAAACUAAAUUAUAUUAUUGUAAUAUUUUAAUUAAUAAAAAAUCAUAAAA